GUCUAGCUCUUUAGAGUGUGGAAUUCCUGGGUGAAAGUCCAUAGGGGUCCUAGUGAAUUUAGGAGUCUGGCCUUUCUCCAUCCCUUCGGCUCUCUCUGCCUUUCUAUUUCUUUGCCCACUGUGCCCCCACCCUACCCCGUGUAUACGCAAAAGAAAGUUUUACACAGAAUGAGCUCCGCGUUGACGUAGGCAUCCCUCCCCUUCCAUCUGGAUACAAACCCAGAAGGGAGCAAGCAGGGGAGAUGCGAAGGCAGGGAUCGCGAGGAUCAUUGUGGUUAGGGUCCCCAGGGGGGGCCGAUCAGGAGCCAGCCAAGAGUAUUGGUUCUAGACCCACAAAUAGAUCAGGCUUUUCCCUCCUCCAUCAACCUCUCAAAUACCAAUGAGGUCACUGAAAUGAAAGAGAAUCAGAGCAAGAGGCAGGGGGAGGAAGAGGACGACGAGGAGGGAGAAGAAACCCAGACGGAAAAAGGCCAUCAGACAAGGUCGCUUUUUCUGGCGACACAGCAACUACGAGGAGCGUGGUGCUGAAUAUAUCCGCCCGCUCAGCCUGGAGACCGAGGGACUCGCAGAAGCACUUUGUGUUACCACGAAAACAAAGGAGAGGAGACGAGAGCGAGAGAGAGAGAGAAGCUCUGAACAGUUCCGCUUUGGAUCUCUGGGAAGCAAGGCUCAUCUCCUUGGCAAGGAAAGAAAGGGAAGCCUGAAGGGUCUGGGAGGCUACGAAGGAAGCAGGUUUCCUGCGGAGACUUGGGACGCGGCAGAACUCUGGACAGCGCCUCUCGAGCAGGGCUCCUUUACUCCUGGCUCCGCCAGGUUUCUGGCUCCUUCCUGAAAGCCCUUCUGCGGGUACACUCUCCUCUCCUGACCCCGACCACCGAACCCGGGAAAAUCCGACGAUCGCUGUCAGAACGUGCCAGGGGGCGGAGCGACUCUUGCCUCUGGCCCGGUCAGGGAAGAGGGUCUCCGGUUCUGGAAAUCUAGUCCCUGUGGAGAAUGCUUCGCUGGUGAAGAAAGAAAAGUUUUGGGGUCUGGUAGGGGGCGGAAGGGGUAAGGAGGAUAGUGGAAGAAAGAAGGUGGAUGGUUGGUUUCCCUCUCUGAUCUGGAAGGAAUGAUGACCGAGGAAGGAUGUGCACCAGCGGCCAGAUUAUUGGGAGCCUCUUGGUGCUCUCUGUGCUGGAGAUAGGGCUGGGGGUGUCCAGCGUGGCCGUGGGGGCGGUCAGCUUCAGCCUGGCCCUCCGAGAGCACAAGCCGCAGCUCGGAGACUCGUCCCCGGUAUGGAGCGGGGUGUGUUUUCUUCUUUGUGGCAUAUGUGGAAUAUUGUGCGCCAAAAAAAAAUCUGGACUUGUCAUGAUCCUUUUUUCUGCCUGCUGCAUCUGUGGACUCAUUGGGGGCAUCCUGAACUUUCAGUUCCUGCGGGCAGUGACGAAGAAGACCUCUUCCCUCUAUCCUCUGCAUCUCGCCUCCAUGUCUCUCGCGUGCAUUGGGAUUGGUGGCUGCACCCUGUCUUCCUGGCUCACGUGUCGACUAGCCAGCUACGAGCAGAGGAGGAUGUUCUCUGAAAGGGAGCAUUCGCUGCACCACUCUCAUGAAAUGGCCGAGAAAAGAUUGAGGGCUAUUGAAAUAACCGACUUGCCCAGCUGCCCGGUGGUGCCCCCGACACCAGAGUUACCUACAAGGAAAUGACAGACAACAUGAGCAAUGGAGGACCACAACUGAUAUUUAAUGGAAGAGUAUAAUCAAUGUUUUAAAGAACUGAACAUUUUUUAGGAUUUUCAUGAGGGAAGGAAAUACCAAAGGACUAGGAGAUAAAAUUAAAACAGUUCUUGCAUUUGCUGUUAUCUCUCUUGAGCACCCACUGUAAUUAUUCUCCCACAGUUUUGCCUCAUUUAUUUCUUCAGCUUUUUUAUUGGGUGAAGCCUUCAGUAAUGCAGUAAUUUUAGCAGAAUUCCCAGAUUGUUCUAAAGACUUUUCAGGAAAAAAAAAAAAAGAGGAAUAAGCAGAUUCAUAUUCUACAAAACCACUAUUUGACUAGCAUGAGUGUUAGAUUUGUAAUGAUAUAUUUCAUAAAAAUAAUCGAAAGUACAAAUAUCAAGAAGUAACAAUAACCUACUGAUGUCUUUGUUUUGAAAGACAAUGGCUUCAAAGAAUACCACAAUUCAAAACCUCAGCAAUGCCUUGUUGUAAAAACAUAAUUAUUUCCAAUUUGUGAAUGAACUAUAUUUCAUAAUUUAUUUGUAAAUGAUAAAAAAACAAAAACAUAAACAAGAAUUUUUUUAGAGAGAGACAAUGCUAAUCUGUAUGAUAUUUUUGCAUUUUUGCACAAGAGUGAAAAAUUAUAAAUGAACAUCAUUUAAGGAAAAUAAAUAUGCUUUCAUUAUACUGUGCAGAUUGAUCUGCAUGUUCAUGAAUGAGCCUAAGAAUAAAAUAAAGUGUGUGUGUGUGUACAUAUACUGUAAAUAUAGAAAAUAUAUACAGCAUAUAUUUAUAGCACUCAUGAAUGUAAAUAGGUAGUCAAAAAGAAAUUAUAAUACUGUUGGGAUAUUAUCAAGAUUCUAUCCCCAAAGAUAUGGGAAAGCAAUUUUUCAAGGCUUUUAUAUGCCCACAAAAUCACACAUUUGAUUUCUACUAAAUUUGUUCAUUUUUAUUCUUUUUAUUAUGUCUGCUGUGUGUAAAUUUCAUUGUGACUGACAUUUAUGGAGUUGAGAUAUCUGAAUAGGGUAGUAUAAAGAUAGAUUACUUAUUUGGCUAUUUUACUUUUAGGGUAUUUAUGUAAUAACAAUGAUCAAUACUGAUUUAUAAACAUAACAACUUUAAAUCACAUACUUCCACCUUAUAAAUAUAAACAUAAUGACUUGUGAUUAUUCAUGAUACUUCUAUUUCAACACUUUACAGCCCUGAUGAUGUAUGCCCAAAUGGUAAAGUUAUAAUUAGCUUUGGUAGAACUUAAUUUAGUUUUUUUUAACUUUAUAAUUUACAUGAAACAAUACAAACCAUUUUUAAAAAUACAUUUAUUCAAAGAACCUGAAAGAGUUCUUUGUAAAAGGAAAUAGGCCUACAUUUAUAUAGCUAGAUUUAAAUCUUCCAUAAUGGAAUGUUAAAAUAGAAAUCUAUGAUAAAAUGAAUAGGCAAGAAAAUAGCAUAGUCUUUGACAUAUUUAUGAGAAUAAAACCUCUGGUAAUAGAUUUUAAAAAUGUAAUAUUUUAAAAUAUGUAAUUCUCACUGUAUUGUAUACUUUUAUUUUUUCCCCAAAGCUAGUCAGUUUUCAAGUCAUUUUUAUGAGUUACUUAUUGAGCCAUAGGUAAAUUCAACCUUUAAUGUUCAGGAUGAGAACAUGUUAUAAUUUAGAAACAAAAUAUGGGUUUUAAUUAUAACAAAAUAAUAAUUCCAGUUAAUGGAAAUCUGAAGGUAUUUUAGUUUUAGAGCAACAUGAUCAUCACCUGCCCCAUUUAAGUCAACUCAUAAGAAAAUUCUGGCUGUAUAUAAUCAAAAGAAAUAACUGAACUAUGGUUGGUGUAGUGUUUGAAGUCUUCUAACUCAUAUGAAUAACUUCUUUAUCCAGCACAUUACAAAAGUUGCCCAUAAAUGCAACCUCAAUAGUAAAUCAACAUUAUCACUGUUCUAUUGAUGCCACAAACAGGCAUAAUCAUUGUCACUGAAAAUAUAAACUAUACAAUGCAGAUAUUUUGUAUAUAUCUGGCUCUACUGAAUUUACACAAGGAUGUAGUUUUGUACUGAGGGAAUAACCACUGACUCUAAUUUUAGGUGGCAUUUCUUUGUAGACGUGUUUGUAUAAUACAGAGUUAUAAUACAUCAGUAAGAUGUUUUAAUGCCUUUUGAAAUAAUCUAUGAAAUCACCCAUCAAAGGACAAAAGUAAGCAUCUCAUUGCUUUGAUAUAGAGUUACGAAGAGAUGCUAUCAUUACAAUUAUCCACAUAGUCUACAGUGUAUAUAACCAAGUAUAGAUAUGUCUUUAAAUGUAGUUAUUUUAACCCAGUAUUUUCAGGGCUCAGUUAUUUAGAGGGAUUUAUUUGUGAUUUAUAGCGAUUCUUUCUGAAUUAAACAGGGGAAGUUAGGAAGACAUUGUUCAAGUAGCUGAAAAUUUAAUUUUCACAAUAAAUUGAGCUAUGAACUAGAACAUUUUAAGUGACUGCAUUACAGUUUUAGUAUGAGCCUACCCUUGGGAGAAAGUAAGUUAGGAAAAAAAUAUGUGAAACUAGUGUGGUGGUGUGCUAUAGAGACUAGCUACAAAAAGAUGCAGUUAUUAGAAGCGUAAAAGAAUAAAAGUGGACUCUGGAAAAUUUUAAACAUAUAUGUGCAUAUAUGUAUAAACACACAUACACACAUAUAUAUACAAUCGUUUAGAAGUGGAACAUGGUAUGAUGACUCUAUGGAUAUGUCUAUGUAAUAAAAUGGUGUGCUUUGAAACUA